AUGACCGUGGAGUCGAUAAACUUCAUUUGCAGUAUGUUCAACUUGGCUUACAGGCCCGAUCAGCUAUAUCAGCACGAAAACAAACACAUGAAAUAUCCAUUUAGUCACUCACAAUCAUCAUCUUCAUCAUCAUCUUCAUCAUCAUCUUCGUCGUGGCCUUCACAUGAUACCGUCUUAAAGUCUCCACCAUCGUCGUCAUCAUCAUCAUCAACAUCAUCGUCAACAUCGAAAAUGUUGCUGAGAAUGUUGGAGAACGUUCGAUCGAUAAAUUGCAACAGUGAACCAACGGAUGUGAAUUAUUACGGAGCAGAGGUUAUCAACAUUGCCAAACAGACGACGGUGAAUGGAUUGUUAGGAGGGCAGGUGAUGUUCGACAGGUGGGGCAGGAGGAGGGGGGCUAAGAUGGACCUUAUGGAAAUCAGUAUCAGUAGGGGGCUGGCCAAGAAACUUUUGCGUGAAACUUUUUCACAUGAUGACAAUCUGGGAUUUGUCGGAGUUUGA